CAAAAAUCCAAGCUUAAUGAAUCUUCAACCUCUUUAGGACUCAUCAAUGCCAUCACUCCCGCCCUGCCCUCAUCCUCAUUCUUGCCGUUAAUAUCUCCUGCGCGCUUCUCUUCCUCAUCUGCUAUUUCCGGCCACCUUCUUCCUCGGACCAUCGCACAAAGUUCAUCAAAGGGGGUCCCGACGGGGAAGCCGUCAAUAAUUGUGAAUCUUCCAUUCGAGGUUCUUCUUUCUGCAAUUGUUUCUCGGUAUCUUUGGCUGCCGUGAUCGAACAAGACAAACAUGUUUUAUUCGCAUACGUUUCUGGCACGAAAGGGGCCACUGGCCACAGUGUGGAUUGCUGCGCAUUUGCAACACAGGCUCAGGAAGUCUCAUUACACUUCAACUGAUAUACCCUCCACCGUCAAACGUAUUAUGGAACCUGAAGUUCCCAUUGCCUUGAGAAUGUCAGGCCACCUUCUUUUAGGUGUUGUUCGGAUAUAUUCAAAGAAAGUUGAUUAUCUUUUCCAAGACUGCAAUGCUGUUUUGACUGGUCUCACCAAGGCAUUUGCUUCUAUUCAACUUACUCUGCCAGAGGAUGCAAGGAAGGCACCAUUUCAUUCUAUCACACUGCCAGAGACAUUUGACCUUGAUGCCCUCAUCUUGGAUGGUGGAGUAGAUGACGGGGUUGAGGAUAUCCACUUGAGGAGUCAAGAAGAGAUCACUCUAAUAGAUCAAAUUCCUACUAGCACGGAUUACUAUGUAGCGAUCACUUUUGAUGAGGAUAUAAUGAUGGACUCUUCACACACACAGGUGUUGCCAGAUUCAGGGGCCAGACCAAUGGAGGAAGUUGUCCCACAAGCUCCAUCAACAAUUGUUGGUAAUGUUCAAGUUUAUGAUGACCCAGGAAGCCAAAGAGAAUCACCUGCUGCUCAACAUACCGAUGACCUCCACCCUCAUAACAUUCAAGAUCCUGAAUUUACUAGAGAUUUGAGUUCUCAAGAUGCUGGUCCAAGAAAUCAGACGGAUAUGCUCAAUUUGAGUCCCGGGGACAACAGUCCACAAGUUCUACCAGAAAAAGAAGUUCUUCGUGAUGCCAAUAAUGAUUUAAAUCAAGAAAAUCCUCCUCCAUUGGUUCCAGAUCCUGGGGAUAAUGCUGGACCAAGUAGGAUUUUCGACCAAACUAUGAAUGACAAGGACUAUAUUCCUCCAGUGAUUGAAGAUGUGGAUGUUGGAGAGCUAUCUGUACCAUCUCAGCGACAUUCUGUUUUGCCAACUCCAGAUAUUUCUCAAGGGGCCCCUGAGGCACAAGUUUCUCCUGGCCAUCAAUUUCCCAACUUGGUGCUUCAACCAAGUCCACCAGUCCAGCAGCCCCAGAAGAGAGGAAGAAAGAGAAAACAAUUCUUUGAUACAUCAACAGUUUUGACUAAUAAAUUUAUGAAGAAGGCUCUUGAUAGUACGGAUGAUUUACUUCGGAAGAGACGAUUUAGGCCUUCCUCCUCUUUGGAUACAUGGAAAAUGAACAAUAAUCAAAGAAAGGAACAAAUUUUUUUUCACCCCUUGGCAACAGGGCUAUGCAAGGAUCUCUCAGAAAUUUCUCAAAGGGAUUAUAUAUGUGCAAAAUCCCAUCUGGUUGUCUCUGAGGAAGAUCAUACGGAUGAUGAGAUUGCUAGAACUCUUUCAACUAGCCAUACUGCCAAAGAGCCUAGAGCUGCUACACUACUUGCUACAGCAUGUGCUCAAGAUAUGGAAAUUGAACGCCUUCGUAGUAUUGCUGCUUCUCCGCCUCCUGCUAUACCUUCUCAUGAUGUGGAAACUGAAAUCAUUAAUAUUGAGGGUGAUCAUAGUAGUCCUCUCAGUCGGAAUGACAUGACUCCUGUCUCACCUCAAAAGUUAAGGUCUGUAUCAGUUUCCCCAUCGAAGACAAUUGAUGUGGCUGGGACAGUUCAAACGCCUGAUUUAGCCUCAUCCCCUAGGGAUCAUGGAUCCCAGAUGGAAAGUCCUAGGACUUUUCUAGAUGAAGGAACAUUUCAGAACUUUGUUCUCUCAGAUACUCAUCAUUCAAUAAUUUCUGCCGAAGAAGAGCUUAAUUUUCUGGAAGCAGACAAUACGCCAGCCAGUUCACAAGGUAACGAAGGUGUAAACUCACUGUCUGUGAGGACUAGGGCGGUAGCUCGUUAUUUGAGAAAUCUUUCUCCAAUUAGCCCAAUUGUAGAGGACCCUGCUGAAGAUCUCAGUUUGAACAAGAUCUUAGAAGGAAAGACAAGAAAGAUCGCUGCUCGAAUGUUCUUUGAAACAUUGGUUUUAAAGAGUUAUGACCUUGUUGACGUACAGCAAGAAGAACCCUACGGUGAUGUUAGCUUGAAGUUGACCGCUGCACUUUCAAAGGCUGAAAUUUGAAGUCACCAUUAAGUUAUUUGUAUUUUUCUUGGGCCCUGAUGUAUAUAUGGUUGGGUUCUAAUACAAGGAAAGGAAAUGCGUUGGGAUUAGUUUGACAGUCAUCGGAAGGCAAAUUUUUUAGCAUACAUUGAGGAUGGUUUCAUUCAUCCUCUGUUUUGCCUGGUUUAAAUUAAUGUUAUGUGUAUCUAUUUAGGUGGCCAAAAGAAAGAGUGAGUUGUGUAUAACUUGUUAUGUUGUAGUUUUUGAGCUAUUGGAAGUAAAGGCAAAAGGGAAAUCUGAAAGCUGAAUUUGCUGUUUCACUUUAUUGCCUCUGACAAUUUUAAGGAAGAAAAAUUGAAAUGUCGGAGUUCAAAAGAGGGGAGAAUGACAAUUAGCGACCU